AGGAAGUGACCUGCCGUGGCGGCACUCCCGCACUCGUCUGGACAGUCCGGACGAGCAGUUUCGGGCCAGCCUGCGAGAUGCCGGAGGUGCUUCAUGGCAGCAGGAGGCAAUGGGUGAAGCUGCUGAUAGCCUUGUCGCGAGCGAACUGGCCACCAUUUACCAAUUGGUGAAGGCGAAGAGCGAACGCCUUAUGGAGAGAGAACAUCAACUGCACUGCAGCGAGUGCUUCGUUGCCGAGGCUGCCGCUCUCUUAGUCGGGGCAGCCAAGGCUCGGCUUCGCGCAGAGGUGGACGAGCUGCUGCGAAGGUCACAGCAAGAGUUGAAGAAAGAGGCCAACGCUCAAAGAAAGCGUUUGGAAGACCUGUUCCAGAAAGCUCAGGAGGAAUUCCGGAAGGCGGUGACAUGGAGAAAGGAAGCUAGGGUGAUGAAAGGGGCAGCAGUUCAAGAGAAGGAGUCCCAUGAAAAGCUUCAAAAGAAGGUGCAGGAGCUUGUUCGGCGAGAGAAGGCUCUUCGGCAACAGCAUGCGGAAGAGAAGGAGCGUUGGGUUGAGGAGAAGGAGAAGCUGGAGCGGCAGGCGGCGCUUCAGGAGCGACCCUUUCCGGAGGCGCACAGAGUUCUUGAUGAUUCGCAGCAGCACCUUCUAAGGUCAAGCUCGUCGCUUGCGCUGCGCAGGCCACAAGGCCGCGAUUCAGAAGGCCUGCCUCUCGAUUUGCAGGUGAGGAUGGAUGACCUUGAUGCAGGCUCGGAGUCCUGGAGCGUGCCUUUCAUGGAGGCCUUGGACCGAGAAGAUCUGUGCUAUCCGCCUUCAGCCCCCGUUCCCUCGGCUCCGAAGCUCGGCUCGGAGGAGCUCCAGGCGCAUGCAGCGUGGUGGGGCGUUGACACUGUGGCUUUUGGACAUCGAGGCCUUUGGGGAUGUGCCGCUCUGCUUGCGGCAGAGCCCGUCAAGAGUCAGGAGCUUCAAAGUUGGUUCCUGCGACGAUGGGCCUGGCAGGCCUUGUUGACAGACGCCUCAUCACUCUGGCAGUCAGCUUCGGUCUUGGCCAAGGAGAAGAGACCCUUGGAGAACUUGCCGUUGCAGCCUUUCGACCUUCGACAGUGGCUUCCAGAUCAACGAGAUCGGCCUUUGGUGAAGCUUCGCAGGCGGCUGCGCCCCCUGUUGGCACAGUCAGAAGAUGUAGCUGGUGAUGGUCACUUGCUUUGGCUAUGGCCUGCGUCAGCUCAACGUGCCCUGGCCGGGGCGCUCUGGAGAGACGUGCGGCAGCAGCUGCUCACCUCCGAGAAGGCCCUGCGCUUGGGGAGGGCCGACCCGUCAACGCUGGCACAGGCUGCUCGCUCCCUGCUGUGCGUGGCUGCCCUCUCGCUGGACGCAUCACCAGAUGAUGCACAGGCAGCGCUGAGAUCCUUGGCUCGACUAUGUGCAGGCCAUGCUGAAGAGCUGCCGUCCAGGAUGGCAGACGCCUUGCCGGUCCUUCUGUGGCUGGCAGACGCCACCGGAGCGACAGGGAGGUGCCCGCCAGCCACAGGAGGCACAACUGAGUUGACAGCCAAAGCCUUGCAGGAGCUCGGCUUCGCCUCGCUGGAGCCUGGGCAUCCCGCAGCUGUUCAUGUUAUUGCCGCGGCUCUUCUUCGAGCACCGGCAGAGGCAGUGACGAAGCCAACUUUAAGCCUCUUGACCCUGAUGGCGGAGCUGCUCCACAAGGCCGCGGAGUCUGCGGUGGCCAAGCUGGAGAAGUCCACGGCGCAGAUGGAGGAUGCCCUGGAAAGACGCAGCCUUAGGGCUUGGCGGGGGCCGUUGCGGAGGUGGCUGGAGCACUUGCAAGAAGCAGGCAUCUGCAGCCGCACCUCCCCCCUGGGCGCCUGGGUUAACGGCAGCAUUGGAGUGCUGGACGAGUUGCCGCUGUACUGACCCGGGAG